UUUGAGAAGGAGGUGGAUGGACACCAGCUGCCGGAGGUAGCAGACCAGUUCCAGGCUGAGGACUUCGUUCCAGGCAGUAACGCCAUAGAGAAGAUCAUAGAAGACCAGAAGGAGUUUGAGAAGGAGAACCAGUUCAUGCAAGAGGAGGUGAUGGAGCCUGCCUCCACCAGUCCAGGUCUCCUAUCUGACACGUCCUGGAGACUCCCAGCUAGCAGCCACAUCCUGAUGAGGGCCAGCCAGGUGUCCCAGGAGCUGGACAGAGGGAACCAGAGCUACCUCCGUCUGUCUCUCGGGACCUUCUUCCAGCAGCGCUCUGAGGCCCUGGGCUGUCUAGGGGACGACCGGGAAGACGAUGCAGUCAAACGGCCGUCGUUUGGUUACGUCAUCACCUCUCCAGAGAAGAGGGAACCGUUUCCUCUGAUUCACCCAUCAGACUUCCUGUCUCAGGACAGCUCGGUCCACAACGACACCCUCACACACACUGACCACGACCGCACCAUGAACACAGAGGACUUGGACAAGACUGUGGAGGCAGAUCCAGACAGGGUGUCACCUACAGGAGAUGGCGAGCCAGAGCCUUGUGAAUCAGCCUCUUCCCCCCUCUCUGAGGCCCUGCUCUCCCCCAGCCAGACCCUUCCCUCAGCCUCCCCCCUCCCUGAUGCCCUGCUCUCCCCCAACCAGACCCUUCCCUCAGCCUCUCCCCUCCCUGAGGCCCUGCUCUCCCCCAGCCAGACCCUUCCCUCAGCCUCCCCCGGCAGCCUGGGCCCCAGCCCCGACACAGACCAGUCUAGCCUCAUGUUGUCUAUCAGCACCAUUGCCUCGGCCAUCGCAGAUGCCUCCAUCUCCUCCGAGCCCUCCCAGCUGGCUGCCAUGAUCAUGGAGCUGUCAAAGAGGAGUAGGUUACAGAGGCAACACCAGAAAGGUGUGCUGGACCUGGACCAGCCCGGACCAGGUUUCAACUGGACCACCCCGGCCAGGUUCAACUGGACCAGCCCGGCCCUAACCAGGUUCAACUGGACCAGAGAAUCCUGCUGGAGACUCUACAGAGGAGCCAGUGUGCCGGGGACCUACUGGAGACUCUACAGAGGAGCCAGUGUGCCGGGGACCUACUGGAGACUCUACAGAGGAGCCAGUGUGCCGGGACCUACUGGAGACUCUACAGAGGAGCCAGUGUGCCGGGACCUACUGGAGACUCUACAGAGGAGCCAGUGUGCCGGGGACCUACUGGAGACUCUACAGAGGAGCCAGUGUGCCGGGGACCUACUGGAGACUCUACAGAGGAGCCAGUGUGCUGGGGACCUCAGUGCCUUCGACAUUGAAAAGUACCUGAAGCAGACCGAGGUAUCCACCAGCAGCGACAGCGACCAGUCAGGCUCCUCCCACUACACUUUUGACAUCCUCGGCUGGGCCGACAGCCUCAACUCCUCCCACAGGAAGUCCCAGGCUGCAUCACUUGUUGUUACUGUGGAGAACGAGCUCGGGUUAUCAACACCAGGCUACCGAAUACCAGUCUCUGCUGGGCUACAUCCAGGUUCUGGUCAGAGUGGAGUAGGCCCAGCUAACAAGAUGGAGGUGAGGAGGAGAAGUUCCAUCCCCCGUCCCAGGGCCAGUUCCAUCCCUACAGCCUCUGGCAAACCAGGGAGGAGGUCUGUGGGCUCUGGUCAGUUCUCCUCAACCACCAUCUCCCCAGCCAAACCAGCUGCUAACAGGAAGGCUGUAGGGAAUAACAGUGAGCCCCAGCCAGCUGGUGUACUAAGCAGGAGCAAAACAGAGAGUGGUGGGCCUGAACUAGGAGCAGUCCGUCCAACACCCAACAACACCCCAGCCCAGAAGGUAGAGGACCCCUCCGCAUCUCCUGCCCCAGGCCCUAAGACCUCCCCUGGUCUGAGGAAGGGUCUGUCAGGGCCGCUGUCCCUCAGAGACAUCACAUCCCCCUCCCAGAGAACCAGGAGGAGCACAGUGAAGACCCACGCUACAGGGAGCAGUACAACCCAGCAGGAGAAACCCAGUGGCCUGGAGAAGAGUGUUGGAGAAGCUCCUCCCAACGCUGUGGCCAAACAUGUUGGUUUUACUUCCUCGUGUCACAGCCCCCAGCCUGCUGCUGCACACAGGACGUACGGUACUCCUGUGCAUCAUGCCGGAGGACCAGAGCAGAGCCAGUGCACCUUCAGACCCUCCACCUCUCCUCUCACCCACUCCUCCCCCUCACAGACUUCCUUCCCCAGCCAAGAAGGGACUGUGUCGCCCCCCUCCCCCAGUAUAGGGGACAGGAGACGUCCCAGUGAUCUCACUCCUCCCCAGUCUGAGUGGAGCUGUUCCAGCCUCAGCAGACUGACAUACAUCUCUCUGAAUGACAGCACGGCUGUCAACACAACCGGCGUCCCAACUCCUGACAGACACAAGAGUCAUGGCACCAUGUCUCUGAGCACCACUAUCAUCAGGGCCAGUCCCACCCCGCUAGUAGAAGGGGCUGAUACCCAGAGUCCUACAGGUCAGGAGCUACCUCCUCACCGCUCUACAGACGUCCUCUGUCCUCCUAGACAGUCCAAGAGCCCAGAGUCUCCUCACCACUCGAACGGUCCUCGUAGUGGCUCGGUAGACCUGCGGAGUGGUUCAGGUCUGGGCGUUACACGCAGCCAGAGUGAGUGUAACUAUCACUGUGGGAACCAUAGAGACUUCAACCAGCAGAAACGCCACUCCGAACCCAACUCGCACCUUCUCAACAAGUUGGAUUCUGGCUACUCCAGCAACCUGAAUAUCCAGCAGCCCAGCGGUAUGGGGGGCCAGGGUAACCAGCAGUGGUCUGGGGUCUCAGCCCAGGGGAGUGAGGUCUAUCCUGGGGCCAGGACGGGCUUCGGCCUGUCUUCCUCCGAGGACCUGUGCUACAUGCCCAUCUCCAGCUUCAAGCCCCAGGGCUCCAUGGUGGACCUGCCUCCAGGGGUCCCUAGCCUCCUGACGGGGCGCUCCCUCUUCAGCUCCCAGCUGGCACAGCAGAACCUGGGCUCGGAUGGAGCUCUUCACUCUGGUCUCCCUCUGCCUGCUCCCUACCACCACAUGGCAAUAGUAGGGAACGGCCUGUAUGGUCACGCUAUGUCCUCACGGUUAGGACCCAACGUUGACCCCUCAGUCAGACACCUCCACAGCUCUGGGGGUCUGGGCGUCUCUGGGCCAGGUGGACCAGGAGGUCCCGGGGGUCUGUACCCCUGCUCUAACCCCCACCUCAAUCCCUUGGACCCAGGACUGAUGGAGGGGAACCCCUACAACCAGCACUGUGUAGCCUCGUGGUCUGACGGCAGCCUUCCUGAACCCACAGCCCAGGUCGUGAUCCCUGAGGAGCUGAGGUUCCCCCAUGCCUGCUGUGUGGGCAUCUCCUCUCAGACCUCACUGGGCAUCUUCAACCCCUCCGAGCGUUGGCAGCAGGUCUCCAUCACCGUCACCAGUCUGGCCAUCAACGGAGAGAAGGUUGAGUCAUUCCCGUACCAGUGGUUGAUAGUGAAGAACAAGACCAUCAUUGGCCCUAAGAGCACGGAGGAGCAGAAGGUGUUGUUCAUCCCACCUCAGGCCGGGGUGUACCAAGCUGUCCUCAGUGUCUCCUCCUGGCCUGCCUCCGCUGAGGCCCAGGCUGUCGCCCGCGCCGAGGUGUUCGCCAAGAGGGUGGUCCUCGUCGCCAUGGCAGAGAACCCUGCUCUGGAGGUGGAUGUGGGGAAGUGUGGCAGUCUGGACUUCGGAGACCUGGCAGGUGGCAGUGCCAAAGCUCUCCCUCUGAAGCUGCUGAACAGGACUCAGGCCACCGUACCUAUUAGACUGGUUAUCAGUGCUAACGCCACGGCCUGGCGCUGCUUCACCUUCUCCAAGAGUCCCGUUGCCAUGACAGCCGAGGGCCUGCUGCAGGCGGGAACUCUGACAUCACUGGCCGCUCCGUCCGUCAUGAACCACGUGAUGCACGCCAGCUACGGAGAGAAUCCAGAGAGCUUCAUGGUUUGGGUCCACUUCCACGCUCCACAGAAGUACCAGUCCUGUUCAGGUGAUCUAGGUCCAGCGGAUGAGUACAGUGCGCGGGUGGACAUCGAGGUGGACUGUCCAGGCCCCAGUCAUGUGAUCAGGAGCGUCCCUCUCAGAGCCAGGUCUGGAACAGCCAGAGUACACGCCCCUAAAGACCUGCAGAAUCAGACUCUGCCUCUGAAGAACGCAGGCAACAUUGAUGUUCAGCUGAAACUCAAGAACAGCGGUGGUGAUGGCUGUUUCUCUGUGAGUCCUGUUGACCUGUGUCUGCGUGCCGGGGAGGAGCAAGGCAUUGUGGUCUCGUUCACCUCUCAGGGCGGCAGGAAGAACCGAGAGAGUGUUCUGACCAUCCUGGUGCUGCCGUCUGGUCCUCAGUAUGAGGUGGUUCUGAAGGGACAGGUGGUACCAGAGGAGGGGGUGAACCCUGCUGCCCCUGGUCCUGUCUCUGCCCUGGGCAUGCUGCCCCACAGUGAGGUGCCCCCCAUCCUCUCCAACAAGCAGUUUGUGGCCUGGGGAGGGGUCACGCUGGGCAGGGCUGUACAACAGAAGCUGGUUCUUCGUAAUAACUCCCCCAACACAACACAUCACCUGCGUCUACUGAUCCGAGGACAAGACCACAGCUGUUUCCAGCUCCAGAGUAGUUUUGGACAGGAGGAGAGGUUGACCCGACACAGAGAGCUGUCUAUCCGGCCCAGGGAGGAUGUUGUUGUCCACCUGCUGUUUGCCCCAACCCGGGUGGCCUGCACCCUGUCCAAGCUGGAGAUCAAACAGUCUGGAGUACGGCCCUCACAGCCUGGCAUCAAGUUCACUAUCCCCCUAUCAGGCUAUGGAGGGACCAGUAACAUUAUUCUGGAAGACCACAGGAAGCGUUCAGAUGGCUACGUGGCUAUGCUAAUGGGGGUGGCAGCAGGCCAGGUCUCCAAGCUGUGUGUCUGUGUGAGAAACACUGGGUGCAGGGCUGCCUUCAUUAAGGCUCUUCUCUACUCUGACCUACACACACGCUCUGUCAUGGACUCCUCGGACAUCAGCCUCUCUCCGUCUCAGUUCGUCCUGAAGGAGAGGACACAGGAGGUGAUCACGGUUCUGAUGAAGGUGACCCAGAGAGAGCAGACUCUGUGUCAGUCAGCUAAUGCCGUCCUGGCCACAGUCUGUCUCUUCUGUGGAGACGAGGUCUCACGACAACAGUUCAGGAGGUUGCUGCUGUCGAAGCCUGAUGCAGGCAGGAAGAUUCUGUCAGAGAACAGUCUGCUGAAAGGACUCAACUUCAACGAGAGGUUCCUGGGGGAGGAACAAGUCCUGGAGGCCUACGACCUGCCCCAGAGCCCCAACCAGGCCCAAUUGUUCUAUGGGAACCUGAGUAAGGUGGUGUUGUCAGUGCUGGGCAGCACAGAGACCUUGGACUCUGGAAGGACUGACCUCCAUGUCCAGGCCCCCCUAGCUGUCACCAGGAGAGGCUCGGAGGCUGACAGUGGUUUUGGGAACUCAGACCGUCACAUCAGCAACGUGUCUCUGGAUGUACUGCCUGUGAAGGGUCCUCAAGGCCCCGCGUUACCCAGGACAGAGGCCUCUGGGACGGGGACAGAACCAGGGGACCACAGGGACUCCUGGAGCCUCCAGCCUGAACAGCUGGUCCUCACCUCUCCCACUAUCAACGGAGCCUCCAACACCAGACAUGUCCUGAUCCAGAACCACUCAUCAUCCAGAGAGCUGAGCUUUGAGUUGUCCUGGCCAGCCCACUGUCUCACUGUUACCCCUCAACAUGGAGUCAUAGAACCACAGUGCCACCUCCAGAUCCUCAUCAGUCCUAAUCCGUCCCUAGCAACCAGGACAUCCAUGUUUCCAUGGAGUGGCCAAAUAUAUGUCCAGUGUGACAAUCAACAGAAGUUCAUCAAGGUCCAGAUCCGUCAGGACCUGGCUCUGGAUGUAUCAACGGCCCCAGCAGACCGGAGCCUAGCCCCCCUUUCUCCUCAGACUGCUAGCCCCAUGCCCACCGCCAUGCUGCCCCCUGCAGGCCAACCCCCCCUGACCAGGACAGCUCCAGCCACGGUAGAGAUCAGUAACCGUACCAUCGUGUUUCCUGCCACGCCCUCAGGAGAAACCUCAGAGUCCUCUGUGGAGGUGGAGAACAGAGGAGAGCAGGUGAGGUGGUACCUGUCUUCCUUCGCCCCUCCUUAUGUAAAGGGGGUGGACAGCAGUGGGGAUGUGUACCGGGCCACCUACACAGCCUUCAGAUGUCCCAGAGUCUCUGGAACCCUGGGAGCAUACCACAAGAUGCAGGUGCCCAUCACCUUCCUGCCCAGGGACCGAGGGGACUAUGCUCAGUUCUGGGACCUGGAGUGUCACCCAGUGGCUGAGCCUCAGCACAAGACCAGGAUACGCUUCCAGCUCUGUGGCACUGGUGUGAAGGUUGGUCCAGCGGUGGCUCCUCAGGAAGCAGACUGUUCUCUGGUGAAGACUGAAGCCUUUAAGACCAGGAGAAGACCUGACCCGGUUGCUGAUGGGGGCAUGACUGGUCAGGAGGAGGCUCUGUGUAGGGGGGUAUACGCCCCCCAGGACCAUUACUCAUUCCCCCCUACCAGGGUAGGGGGGACCAGCACAAUGAAGGUCAACAUGAGAAACAACUCCUUGGAAACGCAUGCGCUGAUGUUCCUAACCCCUAAAGAGCCCUUCCACAUCAAGCAUUCCAAAUAUUCCCUAAGAUCCCAACGCUACAUCCACCUGCCAGUCCAGUUCAAGCCGGUUGUAACUGGAAACCACUCCAGCCUGCUGUUGGUUCAGACGGAUACCAGUGGAAACAUCGCUAUCCAGCUGACUGGUGAGGCCCUGCCCUGACUGGGU